AUGCACGCCCACCGCCUCCCCAGCCUCCUCCUGCACGCCUGCUGCGCGCUGGUCCACGCCGGCGCCGCCACGCUGGCCCCGGGGCCCCUCGAGACGCAGGGACAGCCGUCGGCGAACCCGCUGGCCUAUAUGCUGAGCCUGUACCGCGCCCCGCUCCCGCGGGCUGACAUCGUCCGCAGCCUGCAAGCCCAAGAUGUGCAGGUGGACGGGCAGCGCUGGGCCUUCGCCUUUGACUUCUCCUUCCUGAGCCAAGAGGAGGAGCUGGAGUGGGCCGAGCUCCGGCUGCAGCUGGCGUGGCCCCUCCCACUCCCGGCCCACGGUCCACUCUCCGUUGAGCUCUUCCACCAGCCCAAGCUGGCCGAGGGCCGGGCCCCUGCCGGCUGCCCGCGACGCCACCACAUGGACCUGUUCACCGUCCCCCUGUCCCAGGUGACCUAUGUCUCCAACAGCCUGGUCCUGGAGGUGACCAGGCCGCUCUCCAAGUGGCUGAAGCACCCGAGGGAGCUGGAGGCGCAGGUGUCCAGCCUGGCUGGAGAGUGUCGGCCACAGCCGCCCUCUCUUGCUGUCCCCAACGCCACGGCUGGUGAUGUGGUCCUCUUGCUCUACUCCAACCUGUCCCCCGAGCAGAAGCGGCUGGGGAGCUCCACCCUGCUCUGGGAAGCCGAGAGCUCCUGGCGGGUCCAGGAGGGACAGCUGUCGCGGGAGAAGGGCCGGAGACAGCGGCGCUAUCACCUGCCCGACAGGAGCCAGCUCUGUCGCAAGGUCAAGUUCCAGGUGGACUUCAACCUGAUCGGCUGGGGGUCCUGGAUCAUCUACCCCAAGCAGUACAAUGCCUAUCGCUGCGAGGGCGAGUGCCCGAACCCUGUGGGGGAGGAGUUCCAUCCCACCAACCACGCCUAUAUCCAGAGUCUGCUGAAACGGUACCAGCCGCACCGAGUCCCGUCCACGUGCUGCGCGCCAGUGAAGACAAAGCCCCUGAGCAUGCUGUAUGUGGACAAUGGCCGAGUCCUCCUUGACCACCACAAAGACAUGAUCGUGGAGGAAUGUGGGUGUCUCUGA